AUGGAUGAAAUCAAUCAGCUGUUAGGCAACAUACAACGUGUCCGAUCUGAAAGCCUCUGCAGCGAUGCAACACAGUCGUCGGGCAGCAAGCUGGUUCUGCGCCAUCGGCUCAACCAGCUGUUGACCUGCGUGGAUGACUUGGACGCCAAAGAUGAACUGCGUGAGAAAGUGGUCAAGACACUGGAUAAUGCCUUCCUCGUCUUUGGCAAGAGAGCCAACACCCAGAAGAAAGGGCGUUUCAGGCUUCAUAUGGUGACGUGGAAUGUGGCCACAGCUGAUCCUCCAGACGACGUAACCUUGCUUCUCCAUCUGAACUCCCCAAAAAGCCCGGACCUCUACGUCAUCGGUUUGCAGGAGGUGUACUCAGGGCCACUGAGAUUCGUGUCAGAUGCUGUAUUCAAUGAUCCAUGGAGUCAUCUGUUUAUGUCAAUCUUAGCACCACGGAAUUACGUUAAGGUGUCUUCUAUCAGAAUGCAGGGUUUGCUGCUGCUGUUCUUCUCAAAACUGCAGCAUGUCCCUUUCAUCAGCGACAUCCAGGCCACAUUCACACGUACAGGCAUUUUUGGAUAUUGGGGGAACAAAGGUGGUGUUUCCAUCCGUUUGUCUUUCUAUGGCCACAUGCUCUGUUUUCUCAACUGUCAUUUGGCUGCUCAUAUGAAAUAUGCCACUGAGAGAGUGGAUGAGUUUGAGUACAUCAUGGACACGCAAACGUUUGCAUGUAAAAAAACUCCAAGAAUUGCUGACCACAAUCUGGUCUUUUGGUUCGGAGAUCUCAACUUCCGAAUUCAGGACCACGGCAUGCACUUUGUCCGCACCUGUAUCAACAAUCAAACCUACAACCUGCUGUGGAGCAAAGACCAGUUGAUCAUGAUGAAGAAGAAAGAACAGAAACUUCAGGAGUUUGAGGAAGGCCCUCUGGACUUUCAACCCACCUACAAGUUUGACUUGAACUCUGAUACCUACGACAGCAGUGGAAAGAAACGAAAACCUGCCUGGACAGACAGAAUCCUGUGGCGGCUCCGUCCCAAAGACCUUACGUCUGAUAAACAAGAUGACAACUCGGAGGUAGUGAAGAAGGUCAAGGAGCUGGAGGAGGAUGAGGAGUACCCUCUGAGGAUCAGGCAGGACAUGUACACCAGCAACAUGGAGUUUAUCAUUAGUGACCACAAGCCUGUCAUUGGCAUCUUCACACUGGAGCUGAGGAAGAUGUACGAGACUCCUCUCGUGCAUCUGCAGGCGGAGGGCGAAUGGAGCGCAGACAUUGAUGCCAUGGUCCUUUACAGCCCUCUGCAGCCAUUCUGCUCCAGUUCAUGGGACUGGAUUGGACUUUAUAAGGUUGGAUUCUCCAGUUUGACAGACUACAUCACCUACACGUGGGUCAAAGACGAUGAGGUGGCUUCCAAUGAAGAAGUCAUACAGGUGUAUGUUAGUAAAGAGGAAAUCCCUGUGCAGGGAGGAGAAUGUGUGCUGUGCUACUACAGUAAUACUCUGCGGGGCAUCAUUGGAAUCAGUGAACCAUUCAAGGUCCACGAGUCCAAGGUAGCCAAUGAGGAAGGCUUGCUACAUGACCAGAUUAACAGACUAGACCAAAUUGUAGCAAGUUAAGGUGUUUGAGACUGAUCUCCAGGAGUCAUAGCUAUGAUAUAGUGUAGAGAUGUAACAGUUUGGGCCUGGAUUUCCUGAACAAUGACAAGGUUUUUCAUAACUGCUUCUUCACCUGUCAGUGAAAGAGCACAUUAGGAAAUGCCCCACUGGCCUCUCUAAUGCUACUGGAGGGGUUAACUAAAGUCUGAGGUCUGACUAAAGACAAAGGAGAAAACAUUAAUCCUUCAUGCCCUGACUGAAAACCUACGACUGGGCACAUUACACCGGAAACUUGGACUUAAUUUGGCUUUAGUCGGAGCAAAGAAAUGCCAGCUUUAUCUUGUGGGCUAAAAUUUGGUACAAAAGUGAAUGUCAGAUGAAAGGAGAGAGUCAGGUUACUUAAUGUAGUUUGACCUUUGUAUUUGGCCUGUUUAUAAAAAUGAUCUACAGAUGGAGCUUCAGCAGAGGCUGAGACCAAUGAUUGUUUAUUGAGAUGGGCGACUUGACUUUACUUCCUCCCCACAGUACAAAAACGUUAGCCUACAAAAACGUAGCUGCACUAUCAAGGCUAUGCUGAUACCUGCCCGACCACUGUAAAUCAAUCUCAGCUGUCAAUCAUAACAUUUGACCCUGUUUUAUAGCAUCAAAUAACUAAUGAACUUAUCUGAAAAGAAACACGUCAGUGUGAUAAGAACGACCUAAAAUGAUAGAAAGGAGCAUUUAUUUUCUUGGUCCAUUUCCCAGCUGCUAACAUGAAGGGUGUGUGUGUUGGUAACCUGCAGCCAGCCACCAUGGGGCAAUCUUCAGGUUUUGGCUCCCACUUUUUAAAAACUGUCUUGUCGUCCAUCUUUAUAUGUGAAGUCAUUGGCUGCAAUAUAAAGCUCAUUCAGCCUGUAAGUGUACUAAGAGUUCAGUUUAGACUCACAGAUUUUGACUUUUACUUCCAGAUUCAUAUCUGGAAUAUCUCUCCCCUUCUAUCAUCUCUACAUUCCAUCUCAAAGUCACUCCUAAUAACUCCAGAACUUGCCUGAAACUCAUAACAUUUCUAUAUUUCCUUCAGUGUCAAUUGUCAUUCAGUGAUAUUUGUCUGAACUUAAAUGGGUACAUUGCAAACAAGAACUGUUAUAUCUACUUCAGCAUACAUUUUGAUGGUACUAUUUUCCCAAAAUGUGAACAAAUCCACGUUAUAAAAAACGGAUCAAAUUGUAGCCUACAGGUAACUCAUUCUCAUCUCACACUUGAUUUUGUCUUUGGGGGGUGCACUGUGUUCGACUGAAGAGUUCUGAGUUAGAUGUGAUGAAAAGGUAGUAGGGUAAGUGUGUUGUAGGAUGUGUUACGGCCUGCUGCUUAGUGUGAAAACGUUUGAAAACCUCCAAAUGCUGUCAGAGCUGCCUUCAUGAGGCUGAAGGAAUAGUUUGAAGUUUAAGUAAGUUGAGAACAAACCUACUACACUGAAUAAAAGGAAAAGGGAAAUGCAAAGGUAUCAAAGCCCAUUGGCCAUUUGUGUUUACAAUUGCUAACAAGGUAAAUGCAUGGUUCACUGCUGAAGCAACUGUUCACUGCUGAAUUAGCAAACAUAAAGAGGUGGGUAUCUAUGAAUCACUCUCGUAACCAGUAUAUCUUAACUUAAUUUAGGCUUAGGGUUAAGUUUCCAUGUGUUCAGUUGAGUCUGUUCUAAAGCUUUGGGUUAAAAAGGAUUUCCUGUUGAAGGGGAACUCAGAGCUACGUAUCUAUGGGAGAGAAUUGUCAAAAAGAAAUCCUGUAUUUAAAAAAAGGAUCGAGUCACUGUAUAACCAGCGAAUGUUACAACUGUUGAAGUUUGUAGAACCACUGAACAUAAAGUUGUUCAAUCACAGAUCUCAUUACCACCCAGGAGCUGGUAGCUCUGUCAGCUGCCAGGAUUCAGAGUCUUAUGAAUGAGGAUUAAAUGGGUCCAAUGUCCCGAUCUUCUACAAAACAUGUGAAUCACAGAGAGAAAUGUGUGUGACAUUUUAUGCUCUUUGUUAAAACUUGGCCUUCUCCACUUCAGUGUGAGAGGAAACUGAAAUGGCACUUUUGUUUGGUGAGCCCACGCACUUCAGAGAUUUGACUGACGUAGUUUUAGGUAGUAGAUAAUGACUGAAAACAACUUUUAAGGGUGGAAAUGAAUUGAAAUUCAAAUUUAUGGAAGUGAAGAAUUCCUUUAAAAAAAAGUUAGAUUAUCUUAUUUAAUAUGUUUCCUAUUCUGAAAUGAUUGCUGUGUUUUGAUAGCUGAACCUUUUGGUUUGUGGUUUUAAAUGUUUGUUAAUUGAAAUAUUUGUAGGUUAACAGAGUAUGUUACUUUGCUUUGUGAGUGCACUGUUCUAGGAAGAUAAGAAAAGAAGCAUAAGUUUAGAUUUUCUCCCCAUAGUAUUGUAAAAUAAACGUGGUUGCUCCUGGAGAACUUGAAAACAUAGAUAUAGAAAACAAAACUUUGACUUUUUGAAGAUUGCUGAUGACUCAUAUUCAGCUUGCUGCCUCGUUAACCUACCAGCAUUUCUUCCGAUUUAUAGUAAUCCUCCCGCACAAGUACUGUUGUGGCAUCACAGUCAGAUGGAGAUCUCCAUGAUAUGUUACACUGAUGAUUGUAAUAAAUAAGUACCGACAGCUUUACUCAUUAUAAUUGUGUGUGUUUUAAGAGAAACAUGAUUCAGCAAGUGCCUUUGAAAUGAUUGUCGCUUUACAAUUACUGUACUUUACUAUGCUGCUCAAUUUUGAAACGAUGUGUAUCAUUAAUAUACAUUGAUUAUUUGAUCAUAACACGGCGUGGUUUUCUUUGCCUUUUCUUGUUAGGAGAGCUAUUGGUUUUUUUUAGUAUUGCUGUUCUGAACUUUCCGCUCUCUUUUGCUGAAUGUUACUGGCUUGCUGGAAUGAAUUAUAUUAGCUGUUGUUUAUUUAUUUUAUUUUUUUAACUAAAGAGAAACAUAUUUUCUCAAGUAGUGAUGAAACGAAAUGUACUGUAACGGAACAAACAAAUGUAUGGCAGAUAUUAAAGUACUUAUAUAUGA